ACACAAGUCAGUAUUUUGGAUAACUUUUUUUUCUCCGCAUAAGUAAAAUGCUCUUAUAUUCAAUCCCCCCUGAUUGUUCAUUACAAUACUUAGGUCCAUUUUAAACAAGGCUUGCACUUAACCAUACAGCAGUUUAUCAUGGUAGCAAUAUCAGAGCAAUCGCCAUUUUUCAUUGAGCACACUUGUUUGCGUGAUAGUCGCCCCCUCUUCUCCGUAGUCCUCAAACUGCAGCAUAACAAACAGAGAUCGUCAGCGCAAACGCACGGUCGCUCAAUUCGAGAUCUCGCCCAUCUGUCUAAACGUAUCUGCCCUCAUAGAAAACGACGUCGAUACUACACAUCUUACGAUAGCUAUAUAAUGAACCACCAGAUUGUUUCCCCGCCAUCGUUGCACAUCCUACAUCAGCCAUCUCAAAAGCUGUUACCACUGUAUCUACCGGAACUCUUGAAUCACAUUUUUCAAUUCCUGGACAAGGAUAAUGCGUUAUACCCAGCAAUGUUGGUGAAUAAGGGGUGGCACGAUUGCGCAGCUCGGAUAUUAUGGAAGAGAGCAGCUUUUGAGGAUACGAGCGAAAGCAUUGGUCGUUACGAAAAGUUUGCUCAGGUGUUUGGUGACUGGCAAAAACGAGGUGAAACCAUACCCACGACAAGAUCCAUGCCAUAUUCCCUGGACGCCAUGGCACGGAGCAACAUUACGAGCAAUUCAUCAGAACAACAAGAUAUUAAUAUGAUCAUGCCGCAACAGCAAUCCAAUACCGUAGACAAAGGAAGAGGGUUAUUAUCUUUUGCAACUUUUGAAGGUGCCAUUCGAUGCAUUGCUCCACAGCCUCGCAGAACGCAGUCAGACAGGUCCUUGAAACGAAAGAUGAUAGUGGAUUUGACUGAGAGUCAUAGCUCUACCACUGCUGCUACAAGUUCGAGCUCGGACAUGAGCGUUUAUAAUCUGGAAGUAUCAUCCCCGAAACAGACGGAUGCCUUGGGUAUGAAUUGUCUUUCUACCUACCGCCGAUCGCUCAGACAUCUUUCGCUCCGAAAGAUCAAAGAGAAAACCAUCAACGAAUCGCUAUGUGCUAUUGCCAACAAGGCCACCCUUCUAACAAACUUGGAUAUAUAUAUUUGUGAUCAUUUGGAAGACGAUACCGUCAUACGAUUUGCAACUUUUCAUAUUACCCCUACCGCGCCUAUAUCCAGUUUAACACAGAUAUCAUUGGCUGGCUGCCACCGAAUCACAGACACAUCCAUCAUAGCUGUGGCUAAUCAUUGUCCACUGCUAGAGCAUUUGGAUCUUCGAGCAUGUGGUCUAGUGAGCGACCUAUCGAUAUCGGCUGUAGCCCUGAACUGCCCUCAAUUGCGACACCUGAAUGUCGGUCGUAUCAGAGACAGAGAACGCAUCACCAUCACCAGCAUUCGACUGAUUGCUCAACGAACCAAAGCUGCGGUGCUGGGUCUGGCAGGAUGUGAUAUCGACGAUGAAUGCAUGCUUCUUUUGGCUCAACAGAGGAAAUCCAGCAUGGAACGCAUUUCCGUCAACAAUUGUUAUCGUAUCACCAACGAGAGUAUCCGCGCAUUUGUCAAACUGUGCCCACGCCUCAGUGUGUUCGAAAUGAAGGAAUGCCACUUGGUCAAUGAUUGGGCUUCCGUGGCAGAACUUGUUAAUCGUAAAGUUCUCCUAACGCUUUGUGAACAGCAAAACAAAGCUUGUCUGGACUGGGCAAAGAGCCAGGGCAAGUCAAUGAAGGUGCGAGCGCCGGUAAAGUAAUUUCUACAGAACCUUUAUUUUUUUCAGACUUGUAAUUACAAUCAUAAUCUUUCCCUUAUUCUGUAAUGAACCAUUCGCCUAGUGUGUCUAAUUUGAUAACGAGGUAUUGAACAUGACAACAUUGUGUAGCAUGUGGAGGAAAUUUCUCUACUGGAUGAUGGUGUAAGGAAUGGGGGGUGGGGACGAUUUUAUUUUUUUGUUAUGUAGAGUGUAUAGAACGAAGGAGCAAAGAAUUUAGAACGACUUAUAGACAUGCACUUUCCCAUAUUCUUCACUCGAUUAGCCAGCCACCUUCAACACCGUAUCGCUCACCAUCUCGUACGAGCAAAUCGCUAAUUUUUUAUUCCGACUAAACAAUAUACAACACAAAGUGUCCCACUCUAAUCCUUCUUCAGCGGGAAAUUCUGUUCUUCAACACCGUCCCUGGUUAUGACGAAAAUC